UUAACACGUUGCCUCAGUGUGGAUAUAAAGAGGAGGGAGUCGGACGCAGCAGUCACACAGCCUCCAUCCGUCGCCUCCUGGUCAAGAUGAAGCUGCUCCUCUCUCUCCUGGCGCUCUGCACGCUCUCCGCCACAGCCGGAGCUCUCACGUGCUUGCAGUGCACCAGCUCCAGUAACCCCACCUGCCUGCUGCCUUCCACUGAAACCUGCACGGGGUCUGAAACGGCGUGCAUCAACGCAUUCGUCACAGAUCAAGAUGGAAAUGAGAGGAUCUUCAGGAGGUGUGCUGGACCCGGACUGUGCCCAGAUCUUGGCCAGACUUUAGUUGAAGCCAGUGUGGGUGCGGUGGCCGUCGCUGCAUUUCGGGAAUGCUGUGAUUCAGAUAACUGCAAUGGAGGCAAUCUUACCUUCCCCGAUCCUCCGCAACCAAAUGGAAAAACGUGUCCUGGUACGACUCCUCCUGAUGCCACCUUCACUGAUGUGGUGCAGUGUCGAGGAAAUCAGGACACCUGCUUUCUGGGACAAGCUAUACGGAAUGGAGCCCUCGUGACUAUUGGUGGAUGUGGAAGCUCCGACGUGUGCGACAGUGCAAACGAACUCGAACAGGUGCCGUUUAUCGAGGGAGCUGUCCGUGUCGAUGUGGUGUGUACCGCAAUAACAACUACAACUACAACUACAACUACAACUACUCCUCCGACUACAACUUCAACUACUCCUCCAACAACUGAGCCACCCACUUUUGGGAUGCCUCCACCCACCGAUGUGCCGCCUGCAACCGACAUGCCAAAAGACCCCAAGGCGUUCUUGGCCAAAUUCAAAUUUCUGGUGGUUAAACUGAAGCUUCUGUCGGCUGCAAUCAAGCUGCAGCUGGCCCAGCUGCUCCAGCAACACCAGCUGGUGCUCUUCCAACUGCAUCUGCAGCUGCUGGACUACCAGCAGCAACUGCUGAGCCAACAGGAAGGGCUGCCCAUCGACCACUACCACCAACUGCCUCUGUACUACCAGCAAUGCCUGCUGGUCAGCCACCACCAGCUGCUGCUCCAUCAGCUCCACCUGUCUCUCAGCGGGCAGCAACACCUCCUGCAGCUCCUCUACUACCAGCAAGUGUAUGUCCACCAGCUACAACAGCUGCUGCACUAUCACCACGGCCACAUACUGCCCCACUACUACGGUUACCUGAUGCACUACUAUUACAAUCAAGCCCCCCAACCAGUUUCCGCCACCACCCCCGAGGAACCCACCACCGAGGCACCCACCCCCGGGAAACCCACCCCCGAGGAACCCACCACCACCACACCUGUGGUGGGGGAAGGGUAGACAUCUUCCAAAUGUUAGAGAACCGUAAUCACAAUGUUUUCAAUCAUCAGCCUUCUUUCAGUGUCUUUGAGUCAAAUUUAACUCCAGAGGGAAACUAAUCAACUUCACUCAAUCCCUUCAUCUACCUGCUGCUGUCUUUUAUUCCACUCAUCAAUAAAUCUACAUCUGCAAAUUAAACUGCU